CAUUGCUGACAUUUGAGUCAAUAUCAACCCUGCCGUGCAAGGUUACGAUUUACCAGCAUAGUUUACUCGGAUUGGCCUCAAUUGUGACCCCCCCACACUGAGUAAGCGUCAUGUCGAUUGGCUGGUCGGAGGGCAGUCUGGAGGAGAGGAGGAGACGAAGUGAAGAAAAACAAAGAUGGCUACACGGUCUGAGUGUCGUCAAGAAGAGUCGCAGUAGAGAUUGAAGCGUCAGAGCCGGUGUGAUCUAGGCGAGCUCGGCAGAUGCUGGGUGGGGAAAGAGCUUCGGUCGAGUCGCUUCGGCAGAACGCUGCAGAGCCGCUCGGAAGGCUUUCAAUGAGGGAGAAGACACGACAUACAGUCGAAGAGUUGUUUUGUUUCUAACUGAACAAAAAUACUCUUCGUUCUUUAAGAUAGUAGCAUCAAAUCAAUUUACCCACUGUAUUACCCAACCCCCUUUCAGCACUGUCACAUAUAAUUUCUUAAUAUUAUUACUAUUAUUUAAUUUAACAGGAGAAACAAAUAACAUUUUGCUGGUUAGUUAAUUGCACGACACAGUGCUACUGACAGGGACACAAAUCGGACAGACAGACUGAUCUCUGAUGUCUACUUUGGAGGAGCGCGGCGAAGUGGGGGUCCCUGUGGCCACGGCUCCGAGCUCCUCCUCGGCCGGGCUCGGUGUCGGGGCCGCGGGGGCUGGUCUGGAGGUUGGUCCCGGGAUGUCAGGCGGACAGGAGGAGGCUGGAAUACGGAGAGAGGGAGCCGGUCAGGAGCCCGACCCAGACGCGCCACCCAAGAAGCGAGUGAGGCUACUGCAGGAGGGCGAGGCAUGCAAGCUGGAAGAGAGACUUUACGCUGUCCUGUGCUGCACUGUGUGUUUGGACUUACCAAAGGCGUCUGUCUACCAGACUGACUGCAACGUGUGUGUGGACCUGCCCAUGUCAUCCUUCUAUCAGUGUACGAAUGGGCACCUCAUGUGUGCGGGCUGCUUCAUUCACCUGCUGGCUGAUGCACGUCUGAAGGAGGAGCAGGCCACCUGCCCCAACUGCCGCUGUGAGAUUAGCAAGAGCCUGUGCUGCCGCAACCUGGCAGUGGAGAAAGCCGUGAGUGAGCUGCCCUUUGAGUGCAACUUCUGUCUCAAACAGUUCCCCCGCAGCGUGCUGGAGAGGCACCAGAAAGAAGAGUGCCAGGACAGAGUGACAGUAUGCAAGUACAAGCGGAUUGGCUGCCCCUGGAAGGGCCCCUUUCAUGAGCUGACAGUCCACGAGGCGGAGUGCUGCCAUCCAACCAAGACUGGCAAUGAGCUGAUGGGCAUCCUGGACGAGAUGGACCAGUCCCACCGGAAAGAGAUGCAGCUCUACAGUGGCAUCUUCAGUCUGCUCUGCUUUGAGAAGAUCGGCUUCACAGAGGUGCAGUUCCGGCCCUAUCGUACAGAUGACUUCAUCACUCGCUUGUACUACGAGACUCCACGCUUUACAGUGCUGAACCAGACAUGGGUCCUGAAGGCUCGCGUCAACGACUCAGAGCGAAACCCCAACCUGUCCUGUAAGCGCACCCUGUCCUUCCAGCUGAUCCUCAAGAGCAAGAUCAACUCAGCGCUGGAGUGCUCCUACCUGCUGCUCAAGGGGCCCUACGAUGACGUCAAGAUCAAGCCAGUGAUCUACCACUAUGUCUUCAGCAAUGAUGCCAAUGAGACUGACUACAUGCCCCUGCCCAUCAUCGACUCUAUCGAAUGCAACAAACUGCUGGCCGCCAAGAACAUCAACCUGAGGCUCUUCAUUUUCCAGAUACAGAAAUAAAGACAAGACAGGGAGUCUUAGAAAGCACCACUGAACCAUAGUUACCUCUAAAGAAGCAAGCAGCAGAUAAACCAUGCCAGUGGGUGUUAGGAAGAGAGAGAUUGUGAUGGCAGGCAAAGCCACUGACAGUCAUUCAAACCUCAAACCCAUCCGCACGUGUACACAGCUGUGCACCUCUCAGAAAAGUAUUUGGUCUACUUUGUUAUUCAGUUUCAUAGGAAACACAAAACAGAAUUUGACUGCUUUACAAACGGUAAAUAUACUCACUUGAUUAACAUAGUAAGAUACAAUGUUAUGGUAUAAUCUAUACCAGUCACCUAGACAAAUACUUUUAUGGCUAUUUCUCCUCUGUCUGAGCUAUGGUACUUACUGACACCAGUGAUGGGCUAGUAGGAGACACUCAGUCAGAGACGCUCUGCUCCCUGUGGUAUUUUCACUCAUAUGGAAUGUGCCCUUGUACAUCUUGUAAAUUUACAGAUCAGCAUAGUCUAUAAAAUUACUUUUUAUCUGUCUACUCAGAUUACACUAGAAAAGUAUUCAAUUGGGUUAUAGCAUAAUCUUAAACAUCUUUGACACUGCCAAGUAGAAUAGUGACCUGAGCUUAAUUAAAAUUUAGAGAUCACAAUAUUUGUGACUGGAAUAGCUCGAGCUAAUAUUCAGCUGCAGUUAUGUUAAGCUAGAGCCCUGUGAAAUUAUUUAA